UUGCUUUCAUUCAGUGCCCGAGGAGAAAGUCUCGGCCACAUGGAGGAGGGCUCGGCUGCGCUCGGGACAUAAAUUCAGGCCAGACUCUGCUACCUCAAGUGAAAUGUAAAACAGGAAGCAGGCAGCAGAUGAAGCGUGAACAUCAGGCAGGGCUAUGAUAACGCCCGACCAGCGGGAGGCCGACAGCCACUUCUCCCACUUGGCCGCUAUUAAGUUAAACGCUCGUGUUUCCUGCAGGCGCAGAGGAGAGCUGCACUUCUCACUUUCACUUCAUGGCUCAGCGCUGCGCUCAUCCUGUCGUCUCCGCCGCGCUCCUGGCGCUUGGGAUUGUUGGAAUCGUGCUCCUGACGGUCCCCACGAAAGACGUCCAGGAGCCACCGGGGUUCAUGUACGGGAUCGUCCUGGAUGCAGGAUCUUCACACACAGCUUUGUAUAUAUAUAAGUGGCCAGCAGACAAGCUGAAUGGCACAGGUGUGGUCACCCAGCACAGUGAAUGUCACGUUAAGGGUGGAGGGAUCUCCAGCUAUGCGGGCCAACAGGGAGCAGCAGGGCAGAGUUUAAAGGCAUGUCUGGACCAGGCUGUGAAGGACAUCCCCCAAAACAGGCACCAGCUCACACCUGUGUACCUGGGAGCCACAGCUGGAAUGAGGCUUCUGAAUAUGUCCAGCCCUGAGCAGUCAGCUCAGAUCCUCCAGGAGGUGGGCCAUAAAAUCCAGUCCUACCCUUUCAACUACAAAGGAGCAGCCAUACUGAGUGGUCAGGAGGAGGGGGCGUACGGCUGGGUCACCGUCAACUAUCUCUUAGAGAACUUCAUCAAGUAUGGUUUCGUGGGCCACUGGUUUAGCCCUGGCAGAUCCACAGUGGGAGCGCUGGAUUUCGGCGGGGCGUCCACCCAGAUAACAUUCGCGACUCAGGCGAAAGUGGAGGACAAACAGGACAUGAUGAAGCUGCGUCUUUAUGACCAGGAGUACUCUCUGUACACACACAGCUUCCUGUGCUAUGGACGGGACCAGGUCCUCAAGAGACUGCUGGCUCACAUAGUGAAGUCUCAGGGUUAUUCGAGGUCAGUCGAUCACCCCUGCUAUCCUGCAGACCACAGUAGAACUGUUAAUUUCAGCGCCAUAUUCAACUCUCCGUGUACAACAGAGUACAAAUCCAGCUCUUACGACCCCCAGGCGUCUGUGACAGUACAAGGCAGCGGACAUUAUGAACACUGUCAGGGCAACGUGUCAGAAAUCUUCUCCUUUGACGUCUGUCCCUUCUCCCAGUGCUCCUUCGAUAAAGUCUUUCAGCCAGAUGUCACAGGAAACUUCAUGGCAUUCUCUGCAUUCUUCUACAUUCACUCCUUCCUGCAGCGAACUACUGGUAUCUCUGUGAGCUCUCCUUCACAGCUGGAGGAGGCCGCCAAAACUCUGUGCAAAAUGAGUUUCAGUCAAAUGUUGAUUCUUGCUCCAGAACAAAAGGCUCGAUUGCAGGACUACUGUGCUUCCUCUGUGUUUGUCAAGAUUCUCAUGUUGAGAGGAUAUGGCUUCGAUGAGACGUCGUUCUCACGCAUUUCCUUCCAGAAAAAGGCAGGCGAUACCUCGGUGGGUUGGGCUCUGGGUUACAUGCUGAGUUUGAGCAACUUACUGCCUGCAGAGACAGUGGGGCUGAGGAAGGGCCUGGCCAUGCGCACAUGGGGAAUGCUCAUCUGCCUCUUCGUCCUUCUCCUCACUGCCGGCCUGCUCUUUCUCGUACUCAGAGUUUGUGAUGGAAAGAAGAAAGGAAGCGGCGAAAGCCCCAUCUAGAAAUCAUACAGUGUGGUCAGGAAGGAGUAGCACGGUUAUGCAUUUUUGUUUGUUUUGGCUCUGUUCUCCAACACAUUGGAUCUGAAAUGAAAAUAUGAGAGCUGAAUCUGUUCACAUUAUAACAGGUAAACUGUGUAGGACUUUGAGCUCUUCUUCUAUAUGUUGUCUCCCAGUUGUGAGUAUAUGCAGCAGAAUAAUCCUGAGGCUGUAUGGCAUGUUCACUGACAUGAAUAUAAUGACCUCCACUGUUCACAUGACUGAAUGUAAGCUUCCUCAAAGCUGAGAGUUAGCACUUUAACCUCAAAGUCUUUCUCCAUUUCAAAUCCAAAGCACUGGAGUACAGAGCCCACACAAUGAAAAACGUGACCAAAUAUUCUCUGUUUAGGAACAUAACACUACCCUGGUGUUGUUGGCACCACAGAGGGGAGGUCUGAAUGUACACUUUAUUCUUAAGAAAUCAAACCAAUUCUUGGUUUUAUGGAAUGUAAAAAAUUCCAGCUUUUUGUUUUUUGUUUGUUUUUGUAGAAAAUGUGAUUGUACUCUGAAGCACUGUUACCGCAAACUAAAGUACACUGUGGAGAUUACUACCAGUUUAGUGCUGUUUUAAAAAUGUUUUUGUUUUCAAAGACGUUUUUUUUUUUUUUUUUUUUUUUUUUCAGGUAAAACAUGAAAAAAAAAAUCACAUUUCAGUCUGGCUAGCUUAGUUUGCAGUUUAACAGAAAAUAAUCAAUAACCAGCAGAACACAGCAGGUGUUUGCAUAUUAUAAACAUUUGUCAACGGAAACAAACUCGGGUCUCUGAGCACACUGAAGCUGUCAUUAUGUUUCUUAUGUCACACAGAAGAGGUGAGUAACUGAUUUUGGCUUUGACUUGAAUUGCUGUGUUUUUUCACAAUACAGGUUGAUAUCUUAUUUUCUCACAGAGCUUGUGUUUCAUUGUGGAUUGUCCUCUGUAUUAUUCAGUUCAACAGAUUUUUAUCUUCUGGGUUCAAAGGAAAAUCAAAUCAAAGACACUGGGAAUUUAAUGCUGAAUCACAUGUUUUUUUGUUUUUUUUUAAGUCUUUGACUAACAGAGUACAAAGUACAGAUCUGACGUGUUGAAGCGUCUGCAGAACAACAGUCUCCUCUCCCUCCUGCUCCUGCUAGAGGGAUGCACACAGAGAUGUCUGAUUGGUCUAAUUCUAAAUGAUUAGUGAGUCUCUAUUCUCUCUCUAGCCAGGAAGAUAACAAAUGUGCUUCCUCAGGCUCUCAACAGUCUGCAGGUCUGGAUGUCCUUCUCUCCUUUCCACCUGUCUGAGCACACUUAUGAUUAAACGUAUCAUUCCUAUCUGACUAUAAGUGAUAUGCCUUAUUGAAUACAUAUCAAACCAAGUAUGGGCUACAUCAAUAUCACAGCUUCCUUUAUCUGUUUACCUUUAAUGACCAGUAAUGCAGAUUUUAGUCAUGUGUUCCAUUAUUAACUUUAGACAUUAAAUAGCCAUGUGCACAAAAUGACCACAGAUAAUGUUACAGUACAAGCAGCACCUCUGUAUAUAAUAAAAUACAAUGUCCCUGCAACACAUAA